AUGAAAUUGUAGCAAAGAAGAGUAAUGUUAUGGACGCACAACGACAGCAACAACGAGGGAUCAAAGAGAAUUGGAAUGUGUGCAGUUGUGCCAACACUCAGCCAAAAGCAGUCGCCACGUGAUUGAGGACCAGCUCAAUAUGUACAUAAACGCUCUCUCUCUCUCUCUCUCUCUCUCACACACACACACACACGCAUUGAACACACGCUCGAUUAGUCGGGGAGAGAAAAUGGAGGUGAGAACAAGAGCUCCAGGAAAAAUAAUAUUAACAGGGGAACACGCGGUGGUUCACGGAUCAACUGCCGUCGCUGCCUCUAUUGAUCUCUAUACUUACGUCUCCCUUCGCUUCCCUACUCCUCCUGAUAAUGCCGAAACAUUAAGACUCCAGCUUAAGGAUAUGUCCUUAGAAUUUUCCUGGCCGGUUGCAAGAAUUAAAGAGGCUUUCCCUAACUUGGAUGCUCAAGUUCCUAUGUCACCUUCUUCGUGCUCACUGGAGACGCUUAAAACAGUUGCUUCUCUAGUUGAUGAACAAAACAUUCCCGAGGCGAAGAAUGGACUUGCUGGUGGUGUCUCCGCUUUUCUCUGGCUGUACACCUCAAUCCACGGGUCCAAACCAGCAAAAGCAGUUGUCAAUUCUGAGCUUCCACUAGGAUCAGGCUUGGGUUCAUCUGCAGCUUUCUGUGUUGCAGUCUCUUCAGCCCUUCUUGCUAUGUCUGAUGCAGUUAGUAUGGAUUUCAGACACCAAGAUUGGCAAAUAUUUGGAGAGUGUGAGUUGGAAUUGCUGAACAAAUGGGCUUUUGAGGGUGAGAAAAUAAUUCAUGGGAAGCCAUCUGGUAUUGACAACACCGUGAGCACAUAUGGAAAUAUGAUCAAGUUCAGAUCUGGCGAUUUGACAUGCCUCAAAACAAACAUGCCAAUUAAAAUGCUGAUCACUAACACAAAGGUCAGAAGAAAUACAAAGGCAUUGGUAGCUAGCGUCUCGGAGAGGAUCAUGAGGCAUCCAACCGCUAUGGCUUCUGUGUUUACUGCAGUUGACUCCAUCAGCAACGAGUUAGCUACCAUCAUUCAGUCACCUGUCUCCGAUGAUCUUGCCAUAACUGAGAAGGAAGAGAAGCUGGGAGUGUUGAUGGAGAUGAACCAAGGAUUGCUCCAGUGCAUGGGCGUUAGCCAUGCCUCUAUAGAAACUGUGCUUCGAACGACUCUAAAGUACAAACUAUCUUCCAAGUUAACUGGAGCUGGUGGUGGAGGCUGUGUUUUGACACUACUACCUACACUGCUAUCAGGAACGGUUGUUGAUCAGCUGAUGGCUGAGUUAGAGACAUGCGGAUUCCAAUGUUUUGUUGCUGGGAUUGGUGGAAAAGGUGUAGAAGUUUCAUUUAAUGUCACUUCUUGAUCAUAACCAGAUGCAAUAGUUUGACGUCAUGAGAUUUGCCUGUGCAUUGUUAAACGUGGAUGUGGGGUAGGGGGCGGGGGGAGUGGGGUGUCACCUUCCCUUGUCGUUCUUGUAGCAUCUGCUUUAAUUUGUAAUUGAUACCACAGCAAUCGUUGCCUAAUUAUUGAAUUUGGUUAGCGUUUUGCAACCCAAGAAACAUGGAGCCUUGCCCUUGAGUUGUUAUAGUUCAGGUGUUGAUCACUUGAAGAAACUAUAGAAAAUAAUUCAUUUCUUUUUUAAUGUUUGACCGGCAAAAUUAAUAAGAUCAGUAGUUUCCAGUGAA